CACAUCUAUACCCAUCGCCCUCACCUUUUCUCCCUCGUACACAACGCCAAUAUGGCCAACAAUGCUGCCUCGUCGCAGCCGGAGCUGAAGGCGGCCGACAUCAGCAGCAUGCCGCACUCAGAAGCGCAUUACUUCAACAGUUACAAUCACCAUGGCAUCCACGAGGAAAUGCUGAAAGACGAAGUGCGCACGAAGUCGUAUCGCGAUGCCAUAUACCAGAAUGCGCACCUCUUCAGGAACAAAGUCGUGCUUGAUGUCGGAUGUGGAACUGCCAUUCUGAGCAUGUUUGCCGUACGCGCAGGCGCCAAGCACGUCAUUGGUGUAGACAUGUCGACGAUUAUCGAGAAAGCAAAGGAGAUUGUUGCGGUGAACGGGAUGUCCGACAAGAUCACACUGCUGCAGGGAAAGAUGGAGGAGGUUCAGCUGCCCUUCGACAAGGUGGACAUCAUAAUAUCAGAGUGGAUGGGCUACUUCCUGCUUUAUGAGAGCAUGCUCGACACCGUCCUCUAUGCUCGGGACCGCUAUCUGAAGCCGGACGGUAAAAUCUUCCCGGACAAAGCUACCAUCUACCUGGCUGGCAUUGAAGACGGCGAUUACAAGGAGGAGAAGAUUGGCUUCUGGGACAACGUCUGGGGCUUCGACUACACCCCGCUAAAAGAAACCGCCAUGACCGAGCCCCUCGUCGACACAGUCGACAUGAAAGCCAUCGUCACGGACCCCUGCGCCGUCAUCUCCUUCGACCUCUACACCGUCACCCCCGCCGACCUCGCCUUCAACGUCCCCUACGAGCUCCAAGCCCGCCGCAGCGACUUCGUCCACGCCCUCAUCUCGUGGUUCGACAUCGAGUUCUCCGCCUGCCACAAGCCCGUCCGCUUCUCCACGGGCCCGCACACAAAAUACACGCACUGGAAGCAGACGGUGUUUUACCUCAAGGAUGUGCUUACCGUUGAGGAAGGCGAGACCAUUACGGGCAUGCUGGAGAACAAGCCCAGCGAGAAGAACCACCGCGACCUGGAUAUCGCCAUCUCGUAUACACUCAACACGGAGGAUAUGAAUCGCCAGGCGUCGGGCUCGGGCUUUUAUACCAUGUGCUGAUUGCUGAGCGAAUGUGAUUGCUUGCGCGCAAAUUUCUCCGGUAAUUUUGGCUCCUCCGAAGACCAACCCCGUUUUUCGGGGGGCAUGCUGUUGCACAUGAUGUCUAUCAUCAUUGGACAUGAUGAGGAAGGGUGAUUCGGCGUUUAAAAAGGAGGUGGGGGCUUCUGAAAAAGGGCAAAAAAGGAGUGGUGGUUUCGAGCGAGAGGGGUGUGUGGAAUGUAUCAAGGUAUCUGGCAGGAGUGAGUGGCCAGCGUGAGGGCGCCGUCCUGCGCUGGUGAAUACAGAUGGCCGAGUCGGGCUUCGCGCUUCGAGACAGGCUGCAUAUUAUUCUACCUGUUGCUGUGAUGUCAACUCUUGUGUUGUAUAUUGUCCUCUGGCGUUGAUGUGUGCCAAUUCGCUCCGUCCCUUUCGUGGGUUAUUUUGACAUGAAAAGGGCCGUAGGAGAUUCGCGGACCCGAGACGAAGACAG